UGAAAGUAAAGGUAAGAAUAUUUUUGAAAAUAUUCCCAAAUCCUGUUGCAAUUUUGAGGCUAUAAAUUUAAGUUCGUGUAGUUUUUCAAUAGAAAUAAGUAUUCCCUUGGGAAUAUUUCUAGGCAAUCAAAUAUAUAUCAAGAAAAUCUACUUCAGCAAAACAAACAUGGCAAGGUUGGUGGGAAAGAAAAUUUUUGAAAAUAUUCCUUCAUGUUGUUCAACUCUUGAAGAAUUACACUUGGAUGCUUGUAAAUUUUCAGUUGAAAUCAAUAUUCCAUUAGGGAGAUUUAUAGGAUAUCAAAGUAAUCUAAAAACAUUAAAUCUCUUCGAGACAGAUCUCAGAUAUGAGACAGGAAGUAGACUUUUUGAAAAUAUUCCAAAAAUCUUGCAGUACUCUUCAGGAUAUUAAUCUGGGAUGUUGUAUUUUCUCAAGUGACAUGAGUGCUUCAUUGGGAAUAUUCCUGGGGAAUCAGACAAAUCUGAAACUCCUUAAUCUCUUCCAGACCGACAUUAGUCACCAAAUAGGAAAGACUAUGUUUGAAAAUAUUUCACCUACCUGUUGCAAUAUUGAAGAUUUAAAUUUAGAUUCGGGCACUCUUUCAAGUGAUAUGAGCAUUUUGUUGGGAAGAUUUGUUGGAUUUCAAAAGAAUCUUAGAAAAUUAAACCUAUACGAAACAAAGGUUAAUUGUGAAAUUGGGAAGAAUAUUUUCGAGAAUAUUCCACAGUCAUCUUCUAACAUUGAAGAAUUAAAGUCAUUCAACUUCUCAAUAGAAAUGGGUAAUCCACUAGGAAAAUUUAUUGGAUAUCAAACAAAUCUUAGACACCUCAACCUGAACGAAACGGAUAUUAGUGGUGAAAUUGGAAAGAGUAUAUUUGGCAAUUUACCAAAAUCUUGCACAAGCAUUGAAAAAUUACAACUAGACUGUUGCAAGUUUUCUCUUGAGAUGAGUACUCCUUUGGGUAGAUUUAUAGGAAAUCAAACGAAUAUGAAGCACCUAAGUCAUUAUGCUACAAAUAUCAGUAAUGAAAUAGGUAACAAUAUAUUCAAAACUAUCCCCAAUUCUUGCUGCAAUAUCGAAGAAUUGCAAUUGGAUUCUUGUACUUUCUCAAUAGAAAUGGCUGCUCUACUGGGAGAAUUUAUUGGAAAUCAGCAAAAUCUGAGAUACCUCAAUCUAAGCGAGGCAACUAUUGGUGGCAAAAUUAGAAAGGAAAUGUUUGAACAUAUUUCAGAUUUUUGCUGUAAUAUAGAAGAAUUGGAAUUAGACUCCUGCAAUUUUAUAAUUGAAAUGAGUAUUCCACUUGGCAUAUUUAUUAGACAUCAGAGAAACCUUAGAAAGCUUAGUCUCUUUUCAGCCAACCUUAGUGGUGAGAUAGGUAGCAAUAUCUUUAAAUAUAUAUCACAAUUCUGCUUAAAUAUUGAAGAAUUGAAUUUAAGAGGUUGCAUCUUCUCCAUUGAAAUGAGUUUUCAACUAGGGUAUUUUAUUGGAAAUCAAACGAUUCUCUCCCAUUUAGAUAUCUCUCAGACAGAUGUUAGUGGAGAUGUAGGUCAAAAUAUCUUUGAAAGUAUUUGUCAAAAGUGCUGUAAUAUUGAUGAACUUAAUGCUGACCAUUGUCAAUUUUCCAGUGAAAUGAGUUUUCCAUUUGGAAAAUUUAUUGGAAAUCAAGUAAAUUUAAGAAAAUUAAAUAUAUUUUCUACAAAUUUAAUGGGUGAUAUUGACAAAAAUAUCUUUGAAAUACUAUCUGAAUCUUGCUGUAAUAUUGAAGAAUUAAAUGCUUCUUGUUGCUGUUUUUCAAUGGAAAUGAGCUCCUCCUUUGGAAAAUUUCUGAAAACUCAAGUAAACCUUAAAAAAGUCAACUUAUACAAUGCAAAUAUGUGUGAUGAGACCAGGAGAAUUGUUUUUGAAAGUCUCCCUAAUUGA